AGAUCUAGAGUAUGCAGAUGACAUAGUCCUGUUAGGUGAAGACGCUGACAAGAUGCAGAGUCUUCUGAACACUUUGAGUGGGAAUUUAAGAAUGUUUGGGAUGCGUUUCUCACCAUCCAAAUGCAAAUCGCUGCUCCAGGAUUGGUCUUCAACGGUGCCCCACCGUCGCUAACAAUAAGGAGUGAAGUGGUUGAGUGUGUUGACCACUUUGCUUACCUGGGAAGUAGGAUCAGCCCUGGUGGGUUAGUUGCCGAUGAAAUCUCUGCACAGAUACAAAAGGCUCGAUUGGCUUUUGCCAAUUUGCGCCACCGUGAUAUCCGUUUGUCUAUUAAGGGUCGCGUGUACUGCACAGCAUUCCGCUCUGUUCUACUGUAUGGCUGUGAAACAUGGCCAUUGAAAGUGGAAGAUAUGAAAAGGCUUCAGAUGUUUGACCACCGUUGCCUUCGUAGUAUAGGGCAUAUUCCAUGGUGUCGCCAUAUGAGGAGUGCAGAAGUCAGGUGUAGAGUUUUAGGGAGAAGAGGUAAAUCAGUUGACACGGUUGUGAACCUUCAUCGACUGAGAUGGUUGGGACACAUACUACAUAUGCCCAGUCACCGAUUGCCUCGUCACACAAUGUUGGCUGAGGUGGGUCCAGGCUGGAAAAAGGCCCGAGGUGGCCAGACUAAAACAUGGUAUCAAUGUAUGAAGUUUCUGGCUGUUUGUUUGAGCCAUGUGGGUGUAUGCAGACUAGGUGGUUGGGGUCGGCGGGACAAGAGGAACCAGUGGUUGGAGACUCAAGGUGAUGCCAUGGCUGAGAACCGAUGUCAAUGGAGCAGAUGUAUACACACAUUAUCCUCAUCUUAACGACACUAUGCCGAAUCUCAC